AUGCGCAGACUCGAAUGGCAAACACCAUGGCAGGUCGCACGGGGCGAGGUUCCUGACGUCUCAAAGUUCAGGGUCUUCGGAUGCGGAGCAUACGUUUUCCUACCAGAAGCGUACCGCAAAGACAAAUUAGAUUCCCAUUCCAAAUUAAUGACGUAUAUUGGAAAUGCGGAUGGCGGGCAUGGAUGGAAAUUCAUGCGGCGCGAUAAUUCCACCUUCAUUGCUGCCCACGCCGUGUUCAAUGAACUAAUGUUUCCUCGAUGCGCGGAACAACCGAUCCCUCAGGCCACGCGGAUACACAUCCCAGCGGCUGAGGAUCUCGAUCACAUGGAUCCUCACGUUACGAGUAGCUGGGAUCCUAUUCCCACUAUUCCG